CCCGGUUGCGCCCUGGUUCACGCCCACACGCCCCGGCGUUCCAUUGGUAAGAAGGCGGGCAGUCCCCGCCCGGCACGCCAACCGCAACCAUGGGUCUCUCAACACAUCUGGCUGGCUUGAAUUGGCGGCUCAUCAGCAUGGGCACCAUGGUCCUGCUGUUGCCGAUCCUGAUUUCCUACGAGGUGUGGAUCAUCUCUCUGCUCCACCCGAAUUCCAUCCUCUAUCACCAGUCCACUCUACCAUGGAUUUUGAUCUUGCUUUUUGUGGUGGCUGUCAGUUUCUGCAUGGUUAUCCUCGGCAUCGUCGGCAUCAAGCUCCGUCGGGUGGUGUUCAUUCGUGUGUACAUCGGUACAUUGAUUGUCCUGAUGUUGUCGAUUUUCAUCCUCUACUUCCAGGUGUUGAUCAUCAACAUCUCGCUGCCGGUGGCCGUGCAGGCCCCCCUCAACCAGGGGACCGUCAACUGUUGGAUCAAUGGAACGAUGCUGGGGGUGCCUCAUGGCGGCGAAAGCGCCAGCAGCGGCACCGGCGCGGGGAUUUUGCUGGCCGAUCUGCCCAGGCCGCAGAUUCCAUCGACGCCUGGCGCGUCGGUGGAUCUGGAUCUGGCCAACUGGCCGGGGAUAGAUCGCCACGGUGGCCCUUCUGCUGACAGUGCGCCCGGGCUGGCCCUCCAUCAUGCUGGCACCAGCGUGGCCCUCUUUUCGAGUGCUCCGGAUGCCGGCCUUCUCGAGGACCUGAUUGGCAUUCUCAAGUCCGUCACCACGAUCGGCAUCCCGUUGGACCAGUGGGUGGACAUGAAUGACCUGAAUGACGCCGGCAUGACGUACUCCACCUUCGUGGCCACGGUCAAAGAGUACUGUUCAAAGGCCCGAUCCAGCCAGAUCCUAUUGAUCAUCAUGUUUGGGGCCGUACUGCCGAUUGUUGUCCUGGUCCCCUGUAUAUUCACGGCAAUGGUGCAUGUUCGACAGCUGGUCACCGAAACACAGGAGUACAACAUUGAUCUGCAGUCGGCCCCCUUCGGAGGCGAGCGACCAGACAUGCUACAGCGCCAGCGUAAACUCCAGCGCAUCGAGUUUCUCGAGCGCCUGGAGGGCGGCGACCUGGAGGCCAGUGACCACCUGCUGGGAAGCGGGGCCGGUGCCAGUGUCGAUCCCUUGCUCCUCUCGGGCGGGUCGGGGCCCGUCGGGGCUGGGUCCUCCUCCGGGCUGCUGCAAACCCCCUCGCAAUCGGCGAGCGGCGCGCUGUUGCACAUGCACCAGCUUCACCACCACCAUCAGCGAGGCGGUCAAGAUUCCUCCCUGUCUUCCGGGGAGCUGGUGGAUUUGGCAUCGCCACGGCCCGGCUCGCCGACAAAGCAGCCGCUGUCGGUCAUUUCGCCGGUGCUCCUCACUCGGUCGGCCAGUCACCGGCACCCGGGCGGGCACUCUGGCGGAGGCGGCGCCGGCAUCGUCAGCGGUGGCGGCGGUGGUGGCGGCUUCGACUCGCCCGGGCUGGGAGGCAGUGAUACGCUGAGCCUCGGCGGCGUCGGACCCUCCGAGCGGCCCUUCCCCCCGCGUGCCCCGAGCAUGUACUCCAUCGCCGAAAGCUACCGCGGUUUGGAUUCGAUCGGUGACCGACCUGGGCCGCUGCUGGACCCUGCCGAUGGGCAUCUGUCGACCCUGGAUGAGGGGGAGCUUUUGGACCUUGACGAGGAGGAUGACGAGGAGGACGACGAGGAGGAUGACGACGAUGACCCGGAGCAGUCUCAGCACCGGGGCCAGCAGUUGCUUCGGUCGCCGGGGCUCGGCGUCCGUACGACCGGCGGCGUGGUGGGGGUUGGCGAUGAUCCCCUCGGAUCGAGCGGAUCCCUGCACCGGAGUGCCUCGUAUGGCAGCCGUGGCCGGCGCAGCGUUUGGGACACGGAUCCCAAGAGCCCGGGGCUGGGCGCCGGAUCGGGGCCGGCCCCGGCUGUCACGAACUUCUCGGCCGAUCCCGGUGAGUCAUCUUCCUCCUCGUUGACCGGGCCGUCUUCUUCCUCCCGGCGGCCACUGCACCGGGCGGAGACCAUGCGUUCGAGGCCCGGGGCUGGUGGUCCCUCUGCGGGGGGUGGGCUGUUUGGCCAGCCGCGUUAUGGUGAUCUCCGCUCGCCGGUCGGGGAGAAUGGAGGCAUCAGCGAGGAUGACGAGGAAGAGGAGGAGGAGGACGACGAGGAGGACGACUAUGGGCCGUCCGGUGCCGCGGGCCGGCACCAUUCCACUGGCCUGGCCACUGGGGCCUUCUCCUUCUCGCCGGGCUCGGCCGGGCGCGGUCCAUCUUUCUUGCGGCCUUCCGCCUCUGGGGCCGCCUCCACACCGCCGCCACCGCCACUGGACAGCGAUGAGGAUGACACAUUUGUCUAUCAUCCACCGCGGGCAUAG